GUUUUUGUCCAAAUGAACCUCCUCAUUUCACAUCAACAUGGUUCCUUUGCGACAUCAAAGCACUAGUUUUGUCUUAAUGAAACAUCUGAACUUACUUCAACAUAGUUCCUUGACACCCAGAUUCCCCGAGAUGGCGUCAAAGCCCUAUUUUUGUCUAAAUACUACUCAUCUCAUGGCCGCGUAGUUUGCCGCCUCCUUGUUCCGUGUGUCACGUAUGUGCCACACGCGUGCCCGUCCUUUGCCACCCCGGCGUGAGAAAGCGCAAGUGAUGAAAAGACGCGCCGCCGCAGUUCCCGAGUGCGCUGGAGAGACCAUGGAGGAUUUGUGCCGACUCGGCGGUUUGGACCCUUUGUGGGACUGGAACGUGACGUGGUUCACCCGCGAUCCGGACCUGACGCGCUGCUUCCAGCGCACCGUCCUGGUCUGCUCGCCGUGCGUCUUCCUGUGGACUUGCUGCCCGGUCUACCUGCUCUACCUGCACGUGCGCCCCCCGCGGCGGCCCCUGCCGCUCUCCUGGCUGUGCUGCGCCAAGACGCUUCUCACUUUGAGCCUGGCGUCGUUGAGCCUCCUGGAGAUGUUCUCCGUCCUGCUGAAGAAGAGCGAGGAGCUCGGCAGCCGCGCCGUCUUCCUGCUCGGCCCGCUCGUCCGAGCUUUCACUCUCGUUCUGGCCGCGCUCGUGGUCCACGCGGAGAGGAGGAAAGGCAGCCGCUCGUCCGUCGUGCUCUUCGUCUUCUGGACGCUCGUGCUCCUCUGCGCCGUCGUCCCCCUCAAGGCGGUCGCGGAGCAGAUCCGGCAUCAGGGCUUUUCCUCGGACGCCGUCGCUUUCGUGGCCUUUUUCCUGACUUUUUCCCUGCAAGCGGCCCAAGUGGUGCUGAGCGGCUUCUCGGAGCGCCGGCCGCUCGCCGGGCGCCGCGCCGAGAACACGUGUCCCGAGGAAGACGCCUCCUUCCUGUCCAGGUUUUUCUUCUUCUGGUUCAGCGGCUUGGCGAUUCGGGGCUUCCGGCGCCCCCUGCGGGCGGCCGACUUGUGGACGCUGCGGGACCGGGACUCGUCCGAGCGGAUCGCGUCCGAGCUGGAAGCCGCCUGGACGCAAAAGCAAAAGUGGCCGGAGCGGCGGACGACGUCUGCGGCGUUCGAGCGUUUCUCAGAGGAAAAAACGCAGCUGCUGACGAAGCCCCCCAAAAGGCGGAACCACGUGGGGUUCCUGCUGCGCGCUCUGGGGCGGAGCUUCGGACCCUACUUCCUGACGGGGACGCUGUGCCUGCUCCUGCACGACGCCGUCAUGUUCGCCGUCCCGCAGGUGCUCAGCCUCCUGCUGGGCUUCAUGCGGGACGAGGACGCGGCCCCGUGGAAAGGCUUCCUGUUCGCCGGCCUGCUCUUCCUGCUCUCUUGCCUGCAGUCGCUGCUCAACCAUCAGUACAUGUACCGAUGCUUCACGCUCGGCAUGAGGCUCAAGAGCGCCGUCGUGGCCCUCGUCUACCGCAAGUGUCUGGUGAUGAGCAGUGCCGCUCGCCGUCAGUGCACGGUGGGAGAAAUCAUCAACCUGAUUUCCGUGGACACCCAGAAGAUGAUGGACUUUGUGGUUUACGUCAACAGCGUGUGGGUGGCGCCCAUCGAGAUUGCGCUGUGCUUCUACUUCCUGUCUAAUCUGCUCGGUCUGUCGGCGUCGGCCGGCGUCAGCGCCGUCGUCCUGAUCUUCCCUCUGAACGGUCUCAUCGCAAAGCUGAGGAGCAAGCUGCAGGAAGUGCAGAUGGACUUCAUGGACGGUCGCAUCAAGCUGAUGAACGAGAUCGUGAGCGGAGUGAAGAUCCUCAAGUUCUACGCCUGGGAGGACGCCUUCCUGCGUCGCAUUGGCGUCCUGAGAGACGGCGAACUGGACGCCCUGAAGAAGUCUCAAGUCCUCUACUCGGUCUCGCUGGCCUCCUUCAACUCCUCCUCCUUCCUGAUCGCCUUUGCCGUGUUUGCGGUUUACGUGUUGAUUGACGAGCAGAACGUUCUGGAUGCGCAGAAAAUCUUCGUGUCCGUCGCGCUCAUCAACAUCCUGAAGACUCCUUUGAGUCAGCUUCCUUUUGCCAUGAACACCACAUUGCAGGCUUUUGUUUCACUCAGACGUUUGGGAAACUUCCUGUGCCAAGAUGAGCUGAAGUCGGACAACGUGGAAAAACUUCCCCCUUCCGUCGACGGCGACGGAGUUCUGAUCCAGGACGGACAUUUUGCUUGGUCCCAAGACGGCGCGCCGUGCUUGCAGGGAAUCAACUUGAAGGUGAAGAGCGGAACACUGGUGGCCGUGGUCGGCCACGUCGGAUCAGGAAAGUCUUCCCUGCUGUCGGCCAUUUUGGGAGAGAUGACGAGGAGGAGCGGCUCGGUCCUGGUCGGGGGUUCCGUAGCAUAUGUUCCUCAGCAGGCCUGGAUUCAGAAUGCCACACUGGAGGAGAACAUUUUGUUCGGGCUGGAGAGGAAGGCGAGCUGGUAUCAUCGCGUACUCGAAGCCUGCGCUAUGUGGCCGGAUCUGGAAGUCCUCCCGGCUGGAGACGCCACCGAGAUUGGGGAAAAGGGCUUGAACCUGUCCGGAGGUCAGAAGCAGAGGAUAAGCUUGGCUCGAGCUGUGUACAGGAAGUCUGACGUUUACCUGCUGGAUGACCCGCUGUCCGCCGUCGACACGCAUGUUGGCCAACACAUCUUUGACCGAGUCAUUGGACCCAAAGGACUUCUGAAGAACAAGACGCGAGUGCUGGUCACCCACAGCCUCAGCCUGUUGUCCAGGGUCGACUUGGUGCUGGUGAUGGAGGAGGGUCGUGUCUCCGAGAUGGGAUCGUACUCGCAACUGUUAGACCGCAAAGCAGCUUUUGCCAAAUUGAUUCAGAACUUUAGUGGAAACCAGCCCAGCGAAAGCUCCGCCUACAAACGUGUCAGCAGGAAAUCGUUGUCCCGCCUGACUUUCGCUGACUUCUCGAUUGAUCUUUCUCAGGAGCAGCUCAUCAGCUGCGACAUGAGUGGCGCGAGCAUUCAGGUCGUGGGGCUCCAUGAAGACUUGCCUUCGGAUUUUUCUGGCAAACUCACUCAGCCCGACAAGGCUCACGUUGGGAGAGUAAAGCUGCAAGUAUACGGCGAAUACUUCCGAACCGUGGGCCUGACCUUCAUCGUGACCAUCGUCUUCCUGUGCGCCUUCCAGCAGGCCGCCUCGUUAGCCUACAGCUACUGGCUCAGCCUCUGGGCCGACGACCGUCCCGUCAACGGCACCCAGAUCGACCAUGUGCUCAGACUCGGCGUGUUCGGAGCUCUGGGCUUGACUCAAGGUCUGGCCAUGUUUGGAACCACUCUGACCGUGGCUCUGGGCGGGAUCGUAGCCUCGCGCCACCUUCACGCCGAUCUGCUCUGCAACGUCCUGCGCUCGCCAAUGUCGUUUUUCGAGGCCACGCCCAGCGGAAACCUCCUGAACCGCUUCUCCAAGGAGAUCGACGCCAUUGAUUGCAUGAUACCCGAAGGCCUCAAGAUGAUGCUGGGCUACCUGUUCAAGCUCCUGGAAGUGUGCAUCAUCGUUUUGGUGGCCACUCCCUUCAGUGGCCUGGUGCUGCUCCCGCUCGCCUGCCUCUACAUCUUCAUACAGAGCUUCUACGUGGCGGCGUCGUGUCAACUCCGGCGACUGGAGGCGGUCAGUCGCUCUCCCCUCUACAGUCACUUCAACGAGACGGUGCAGGGCGUCUGCGUCAUUCGGGCCUUCGGCGAACAGAAACGUUUUGUACGGCAGGCCCAUCUUCGCAUUGACAAGAACCAGGAAGCUUAUUUCCCACGAUUUGUGGCUACCAGAUGGUUGGCGGUCAAUCUGGAGUUUCUGGGGAAUCUUCUGGUUCUGGCUGCUGCUGUCUUGUCGGUGCGAAGUCGGGACGAGCUCAGUCCGGGUGUCGUGGGUUUGGCGCUGUCCCACUCGCUCCAGGUGACGGGGAUCCUGAGCUGGAUUGUUCGAUCCUGGACUGACGUGGAGAACAACAUUGUGUCGGUGGAAAGAGUGAAGGAGUACGCCAACACGCCCAAAGAGGCAGCUUGGCUAACGGAGAACACUCAUCUCGCAGCGGAUUGGCCGACGAAAGGAAGCAUCCGGUUCGUGGACUACGGGCUGCAGUAUCGGAAAGGUCUGGACUGGGCCUUGAAGGGGAUCUCCAUCAGCAUCCAAGAAAAAGAGAAGGUAGGGAUCGUUGGAAGGACGGGAGCCGGGAAGUCGUCCUUAGCUUUGGCAAUUUUUCGUAUUCUGGAAGCAGCCACCGGGCGGAUCUACAUCGAUGAAGUGGAUAUUGCUCAGGUCGGCCUUCGGGACCUUCGCUCCAGGAUCACCAUCAUUCCUCAGGAUCCGGUGCUGUUUUCAGGCUCUCUCCGGAUGAACCUGGACCCGCUUGACGACUGCUCCGACGACGAUCUGUGGCGAGCGCUGGAACUCGCUCAUCUCGGCGGCUUCGUGUCCGCGCUGCCCGACAAGCUGCGGCAUCAAUGCUGCGAAGGAGGCGAGAACCUCAGCGUGGGCCAACGGCAGCUGUUGUGCUUAGCGAGAGCUCUGCUGAGGAAAAGCAAAAUCCUCCUCCUGGACGAAGCCACGGCGGCGGUGGACGUGGAGCUGGACCGGCUGAUCCAGUCCACCAUCCGGACUCACUUCGACCACUGCACCGUCCUCACCAUCGCGCACCGACUCAACACUGUCCUGGACUGCGACAGGAUCGCGGUGAUGGAGCGCGGCGCCAUCGUGGAGAUGGACGCGCCCGCUCGCCUCAUCCAGCAGCGAGGCGCCUUCUACCAAAUGUGCCAGCAGGCCGGAUUAGUUUGAGCGCACGCCAGCCCAACGCGGACGGACACGACGAGUUCGACUGAUGACAAUUUCGGCAAGUGCUGGCGACCGUAUGCUCACGUACUGCGGAUAUUGACUCAUUUGGUGUGGUAGGCGAAGAAUUGUGUCCAAAAUAUCCACGAAUGUCCUGAGCCAAUGCGGCGCCGCCACACGAGGCGGUCGUUGUUCUCGGUCCGGUUUUGCGAUAUCGGACCCGUCUGCGUGAUGUCAUUCAUUUCCCGAUAUCGGUCCGAUGGUUAUGCUGCACCCCAGUUGUUUUUUUACAGCGCACAUAAAUGCAAACACAAUUUAUUUGUUUUUGGGUUGGUGUGUGUGUGUGUGUGUGUGUGUGUGUUUGCAUGCGCAUACAUGUAUGUCACAGGUGUCAAACUCGAGACCCGGGGGCCAGAUCGGGCCCACCGCAUCCUUUAAUGUGGCCCGCAAAAGCAAAUAAUGCGCGUCAACUUCGUUUCCUGCUAAAGUACCAAAAUUGUAAAUUGUCUUCACUUUUAAUAACGUUGAUAUUGCAAUCGUUUUUUGGAACCGUUCUCCCUUUGCAAAAUAAACUGAAUAAUGUUUGCACAAACAAA